AGCGGCGCCGCCGCCGCUGGCGGGAGCGGCCGCGGGGCGGUGACUGGGGCGCUUCCCCGGCCCCGAGCGGCGCGUCCGUCCCGCAGCCCCUGAGUCCGCGGCGGCCGUUCGUGGCGGCCCGAGCGCCGCGCCUUCCCCUGCCCCAUGUCGGCGUGGCUCGGCCGGGCGGCGCUGCUGCUGGGGCGGCCGGGGGGCCCCGCCGCGUCCUCCUCCGCCUCCCGCCUGGGCUCGCUGCGGGGCCCGCCGCGCUGCUGCUGCCGCCGCCGCCUGGGCUCGCUGCGGGGCGGCGCCGACGGGCUGCUGCCGGCUCGGGGAGCGCAGCCCGGGCGGGCGCUGGGGACGCACCCCAAGAAGGAGCCGAUGGAGGCGCUGAACACGGCGCAGGGGGCCCGAGACUUCAUCUACAGCCUGCACUCCACCGAGCGGAGCUGCCUGCUGCGGGAGCUGCACCGCUUCGAGUCCAUCGCCAUCGCACAAGACCCCAUAACAGCUCGGGCAAGCUGUCAGCAAUAUGGGGAGACCUGGGCACGUCAAGAACCCAGUGGGGCCUGUUCCUCAGCCCAUUCACAGGCCUGCCACCAGAAGGAAGCAGUUCCAUCAGCUAAUUGCCCUAGCACGAAAUAUGACAGGACACACUACCUGUGGCCUCCGCUAAUGGCAGAGGCUGCGGGGAAACCCGGCUGCUGCCCUCGCUGCUGCACUGAAGGAUGGUCCUCAGAGAAGCUGGAGGUUGCACCACCAUCUCCAGGACAACUGAGACAUGUGUUCGUCCACAAUGCAUUACCUUUUGUAGGGUUUGGAUUUUUGGAUAACGCAAUUAUGAUUGCUGCGGGAACCCAAAUAGAGUUGUCAAUUGGAGUUGUCUUAGGAAUCUCAACCAUGGCAGCUGCUGCUUUGGGAAACCUUGUUUCAGAUUUAGCUGGACUGGGUCUUGCAGGUUAUGUAGAAGCUUUGGCUUCACGGCUGGGUCUCUCAAUCCCUGAUCUGACGCCUAAACAAGCUGACAUGUGGCAAACACGUCUUAGUGCACACUUGGGUAAAGCUAUUGGAGUGACCAUUGGCUGCAUUUUAGGAAUGUUUCCUUUGUUGUUCUUUGGCGAUGAGGAAGAAAAACUGGAAGAAAAAAAUUAAAAGUUUUUACAAGACGUAUACAGAUGUAAACUAAUGUACCUCAAUUACUCAAUUAUGCUGUCAAUAUUUAGGAAUUAACAGACAGUAAAAAUGCAUAGACUUGGGAACAAAACCUUCCGCAUGUCAUUUUAUGGAAACACUAAUUUAUUGUGGCUUUGUUGUGUUCAGUACUUCUUUUUAUAAGAUACCAUUUAGCUUUCUAUUUAAUGUACAUUUUUGAAGUGUUUUCACUUAUGGCAAAUGAUGUUUACCACUUCCCCUUUUGACAUUAUUAUUUAACAGAUUACUUUAAUAGUCCACCCUGGGUGACAGUAACACUUUUGAGUUGCGUAUUGGUUGCUUAACAGAUGUAAUUGCAUGACAAAAAAUUGACAGCUGUUCAUCAGGUCCUUCAAUGCAGAUUAUUAAGGAGGUCAGUUACGAGUGAUUUAAAGCCCCUCACUUCACAAGAAGGCUGAGUGCCUCUCACCGACUCUUAUUUUGUGCUGCCUUUAUAUCAGAUAUUGCAGUGAUCAGCAGCAAUAUAAUUUGCACUCUUUAAAAUUCUGUAUCUCUGAAUUGUCACCUGAGGUGAUCAUUUCAAUGCCCUGACAAGGUAAGUGGUUGCAGUAUAAUAUCCUUUCCAAGUUCAUCUCUAGUGGUGUCUUAACACAGCCUUCUGUAUUUUCAUAUUAAUGUCUGCUUUUCCUUUUUUCUUCCUUGUAAACAAUAAUAUGAGAAUUCAGUUGAGAGCUCCUUAAGCUUAUCUUCCUGAGUUUUUCAUGUAUUGUCAAAGAAUUCAGAUUUCCUAAUUCAAAAACUCAUUUUCUUUCUUGAAAAAAGUUCUCUUCAGAAUAAAGUGUGAAUGGCUAAUGGGGGCUGACAAGGCUGGGGAGCCUUUCAAGAUAUGAAUGAGCAUUGGCGCCACAAGUUUGUGAUGGGUGGCUCAAAGGAAGCAAUAAGAUAUGAAUAUGCUGUCAGUCUGGAUUAGAGGACCUGGUUUGCAGAUUAUAACGUCGUAUUUAUGGUUAAACUUUUUUUUUGCUGUGAGACUUCUGGGAAAAAAAAAGACAAAAAAAAAAGACUUGAGGCCUUCUUCCUGUUCCUGCCUUUUAUUUUUGCAGUCUUAUUUGAUGUAUUAUAGAUCUGACAGUGCAGUCACAUGUAACUGUGCUUUUUUUAUAUGUUCAUAAAUUAUAAUUACACUUAUCAAGAGAAUUUCAGGAUCCGACUUGCCAAAUAACAAUGCUAAACUGAUAACUAUUUGUUAAAGAGGGGCUUUCUUACCUCUUUCAGUACCAUUUGGAAACGACAUUAAAAAGAGGCACAGCCAAGGCACUUUGAAAGUUCUGUCACUGGAAUUGUUAGCACUUCUGAAACCAAGAAAUAAAUGGUUUAAAAGAAAAUUCCAUCCCAUGAUUUUUAUUUGCUACACAAAGUCUUACUGUAACAUGUGUAUGUUUUACAGAGCUCACUGCUUAUCUCUUGGCCAUCAAUCUGUCUUCUCUGUUCCAAUUUCUAGAAGCCCCUUAAACAGCAGUACUGAAACUCUGACACCAACCUUUAAUAAAGGUCACAGUGAUAUAUCUCUGUGUGAGAAGCAGGCUCUGAAAACUCCAAGUGAGUAGGCCUGGUAGCAUACACUGUCUUUUGUGUGUUAAACUAAUCCUGACCAAGCUGUCAAACUGAAAGACAUCUCAGCUAGGCAAGAGUAACACUAAAUCAUUAAAUGCAGAGGUGUUCUGGCUUUGCGUUUUCAAAAUGGGAGGCUUUUCUUUAAAACAAAAGGAAAACAAAGAUGGUCCUGUUAGAAAAUAACGCACUUCCCAAUAGUGGGUUUAUGGUAUGUCAGUAAUAAGGUUUUUUUGCUUGUAUUUUUUUAUUUCAUUUAAUUUUACUCUUUUAGAUGUUCUCACGUUUGCCUUGCCUUAAGCUCUGACUUUUCUCCCUCCGUACUUCUGUUUCUGGUGUGUUUCUAGAAAAACUGUAUGUAUUUCCUAUUUUAUUUUUUAUUUUUAAUUGAAAUACACAUUAAAGCAAUUUUGUGUAACUUUUUUGUAAUUUUUUUUUUAUUUUUAAAUGAGAAUUCCAAUGGUGUUUCCCAUUGCAAUACUGGCAUCUUCAUUGGAAUCUUUCAGGGGUGACCAAACCUCUUUCUUUGCUGUCAUUCUAACUGGAACAGUAAUUUCAUCACUCUUUCUCAAAGGUCUUAAGAAUAAUCAGAAGGCUGUCAGCUCUUGUGGUAGCAUUCUUUUCAUAAUGACAGCAGGGAAGUUCACGUGCUAUUAUUUAAUGGUUUGUGCUUGUAAAUUGAUGACAUUCUAUUUCUGUAUGUCAAACUACUGUACUUCAACCAAUGCCUUUAAGGAGAGUUGAUGAAUUAAGAUACCGUCAAUGGAAUCAGUUGCGUGUCAUCUUGGUAUCUAUUCAGCUGACCACACAAAUGUGGGGGGUGACUCAUGAUAAGAAACCUUGAGCGUUUCAGUUGGUUGUAUGUUAUAAUCAAGGUGGUUUUUUGGGUUUCAUUAUUUGAUAUAAAUGAAAACUCGUGAUUUGAGAAACAAUGGCUCAGAAGGUUGAGAGAAGGUGCUUGUUGGGGCCAAGGUGCAACCCUGAAUACAGUAGAGGUGGUUUUGCUUUGCCUGUGGGAUCCACUUUUUUUGGUGGAUGUGUAAUGUUCAUGUUAGGUAGAAGAUCUGUGCCUGAUCCUAAGAUGUUUCCUGAUAAUGACAGAUUUUUUUGUUUCCCAGUGUUUAUAGUUGACAGUAAUCCCCAUUGCUCUGAUCGCUGUCUUAAAGAUAUGUAACUGAAAAAACAGAGCAAUAACAAAAGUCUCUUCUUUCUUUCCUGUUGUUUUCUCCUUCCUUAAUGAAAGGAAAUCACUCAGAGUUACUGAGCAGCUUUAGUAUUACUCUGUUUUUACUCUGUUGAGCUUGUCCUGAGUUAACAGGAGUUUUUCUUGUUAAAGGGCUGGUUGACAUGAAAUUGUGUUUAUUUUAAAAUACUGUAUUUUAUUGUAACUUAAAAUGUAAGUGUAUUUUCAUUUUUACUGUAUGUUAUCCCUAGGGAGAAAAGAACGUGCAUCUGGUAAUGUGGUUACCUGGUUCGACUUGCUGAUAUUUUCUCAUUCAUGUACUUUUACAUAAAUUAUUUGAAUUCAGAAAACGUGUUUUGUAUUGUCUUUAAUUAAAUUGCCAAACUUUCUGUAAA